ACACCAUGAAUGCCCCUUUAAAGUUCUCCCAUGCUCUUAAUCUCUCUUUUCCUCUUGUAUCUGUUUCAAUCUUUCUUCAACCAAUCAAAUCACAACACAUACCAAAUACAAAAUAUGCAUAGCCAGAACUACCGUCCAAAAAGUUUACCAGCACAUUUCUACAUGUAUCAGCUUACCAUUUUAUUUCCUUCAAGUUCUUUUUCAGAUUCACAGGGCUCCAAAAAUUUAAAUCCACAUCCUUUUUUCAUGGCAAAGAAGUUGGUAUUUUUCUGGGUUUUUCUUGUUUGUUCAGACCAAGUUUUUUCUCAACUAGAUCAGUUCAUUUUCAAUGGGUUUCAUGAGGCAGGCAACAACAUGAGCCUAACUGGUGUUGCAGACAUUGGGAGCAAGGGGUUAAUUUGUUUAACUAAUACUUCUUCUCGUGUAAGUGGCCAUGCUUUUUACUCAUCUCCGGUUCGGUUCAAGAACUCCAGCAGCAGCAAAGUUUUCUCUUUUUCUACUGCUUUUGCUUUUGCCAUGGUUCCUGAGUACCCAAAGCUUGGUGGUCAUGGCCUUGCUUUCACUCUUUCUCCAUCGAAAGAACUUUCAGGUUUUCCUAGUCAAUAUCUUGGCUUGCUCAAUGCAACUGACAAUGGGAAUUCAACUAACCAUAUUUUUGCAGUAGAGUUUGAUACCGUGAAAGAUUUAGAGUUUGGUGAUAUAGAUGAUAACCAUGUUGGUAUUAAUCUCAAUAGCAUGGUGUCAAAUGCUUCAGCUUCUGCUGCAUAUUUUCUUGAAAACUCGACAAAGCAGGAGUUAAGUCUCAAGAGUGGGAGAAUGAUCCAGGCUUGGAUUGAUUAUGAUUCAGCUAGAAAUCGAUUAGAGGUGAAGCUUUCUCCUUUUUCUGAGAAACCCAGGUCCUCCAUAUUGUCCUUUGAUGUGGAUCUCUCACCAAUUCUCCAGGACCCUAUGUUUGUGGGGUUUUCUGCUUCAACAGGCUUGCUUGCAAGCUCCCACUAUGUCUUGGGCUGGAGUUUUAACAUGAGUGGAGAGGCUGAAUCUCUGUCUCUACUUUCUCUGCCUUCUCUUCCAAGGCCGAAAGAGAAUCACACUGUACUAAUUCUAUGUGUUACCUUUUCGGCUGUUCUUAUAAUGAUGUCAAUCAUUUUUAUCUCGUUUUACCUUGUUAGAAAAUUGAAGAAUGCAGACAUAAUUGAAGCCUGGGAGUUGGACAUUGGUCCUCACAGAUUCUCUUACCGAGAACUCAAGAAAGCAACAAGGGGUUUCAGAGACAAAGAGCUACUUGGGUUUGGUGGAUUUGGCAGAGUUUACAAAGGAACUCUGCCAAGUACAAAUACUCAAGUUGCUGUCAAGCGAAUUUCUCAUGAAUCGAAACAAGGCCUGAGAGAAUUUGUGUCUGAGAUUGCUAGCAUUGGCCGUCUUCGCCAUAGAAAUCUUGUUCAGCUGCUAGGAUGGUGUCGAUGUAGAGGUGAUCUGUUACUUGUCUAUGAUUUCAUGCCGAACGGUAGCUUGGACAAGUACCUGUUUGAUGAGCCUAAACGAGUUCUCAGUUGGGAAGAGAGGUUCAAGAUAAUCAAAGGUGUAGCUUCAGGUCUUUUAUAUUUGCAUGAAGAAUGGGAACAGACUGUAAUUCAUAGAGACAUCAAAGCAGGCAAUGUUCUGUUAGAUUCUGAGCUAAAUGGGAGACUUGGUGACUUUGGUCUUGCCAAGUUAUACGAGCAUGGCCAAAAUCCAAGUACCACCAGGGUGGUUGGUACCUUGGGGUACCUAGCACCUGAACUUACAAGAACUGGCAAACCUACUACAAGUUCAGAUGUGUUUGCAUUUGGUGCAUUUCUUCUUGAAGUGGUAUGCGGGAGGAAACCUAUUGAGCCGAAGGCAUUGCCUGAGGAGCUGAUCUUGGUGGACUGGGUGUGGGAAAGAUGGCAAAGUGGAGCAGUUCUUGAAGUGGUGGAUCCUAAAUUGAAUGGUGAAUUCGAUGAGCUAGAGGCUAUUGUGGUGAUAAAACUUGGAUUGAUGUGUUCCAAUGACGCGCUGGAGGCAAGGCCUACAAUUAGGCAAGUAGUGAGAUACUUGGCGGGGGAAGUGGCACUGCCCGAGGUGGUGCCAUCACCCGGUGGAUCUGAUAGCAGAAAAGGUAACGGACGUCGUGGUGCUGGGUUUGAAGAUUAUGUGCAUUCAUAUCCAGAUUCAUCAUAUUUCGACAAGGGCAGUGCAUGCUCAUCAGCCUUUGAAGACAGGGAUGUAGACAUCGAAGCGACAACACCUCUACCAAUCACCGACAGGGGAGAUGGCAGAUAGCCAGGGUAGAAAGACAACAGUUCUUUGCCUUCCAGAAACUUAUUAACUGAAUGUCAUCUGUAGUCAGGAUUGUAUGUCAUUUGUAAAUACUAGGAGAUAUUGUUUCUUUUUAAGGAAGAAAUCCUGUUAAUAUCUAUGCAAUGUCUCGAAGGUUUGAUCAUGGAAGUGAAAAUUUUGUAAUAUCUUUAGAUAACAGAUUGCAAGUUGGCAGAGUUAAUAAAGAGUCUCUUAUAAUCAAUUA